UUAUUUUAUUUUAUUUGAUCAUUCAAUUGAUUUGACAACGGAUUAGAAAAGCAAGCACACGUUUUCCGCCUCACGAAUCAAUCCUAACCUUUCCACGUCUCAUCCGUCUUAACUAACGGUUCGGUUCGAGAGCCCUCUACGGUUAACGGUUACCUCAUUUGAAGAUGACGACAUCUGUAUAACGCUCGGGCGCACACGCUUUUAAGUAUCGGUGAAUUCUCCUCCCUCGCCGAGAGCAGAGCAGAGGAAAGGAGUUGUCCCUUUCAGCACCGGAGAGGGAGGUGUUGAAUUCGCUCGCAGCCGAGGGCGGAACGGUAGUUUACAGAAAGUCUUGCUACUGCACAGCAACAGAGCUGGGUCUAACCGCUACUAGACGACAGAAUGGAGAUUCAUCCGAGGAAUUCCCUCACUACAGAAUUGAAGCAUCUGGAGCGUGUUAGAGAUGAAGAUGCAUGGCGUGUGCUCAUGAUUUAAUGACGUAAAUAGGGUUAGUCUGUCUGGGGGCAGACACAUUUUAUAUCUGGAGAAGAGACAGACAACCUCGUUCAGGCUGACGGCUCCGUGGGAAACCCCUCUAUCUAAUCUGGCCAGCAACGCAUGACAGACAGAGAGACAGACCGAGAGAGCAUUGUUUCUGUCUUCCACGCUAACAGGAGGAGGCACAGAGAGGAGACAUCUAUCGAUCUACGUCUAUCCAAGUUGCUCAGCAGCUCCGUGAAGCACAAUGCCCUCGAUGGACCUGACAUGCAGACGCGUUGUGUAGGAGACUCGGAAAAGGUCGUUGAAUAAAUGUUUUGUCUCGCUGUCUGCAGGAACUUCUCCUCUCCCUAGUCCCCUCACCCCUUGCCAGACAUGACGGGUCAGAGCCUGGAGGAGCUGACAGCAGCCUACGAGGACCACACCAUCCGCAUCAACGUGGGAGGGUUCAAGAAGAGACUGCUCUCCAACACGCUGUCUCGCUUCCCAGAGACCCGGCUGGCUCGGCUGUUACACUGUCAAUCAAAAGAGUCAAUACUAGAGCUCUGCGAUGACUAUGAUGACAUGGAAAAAGAGUUCUAUUUCGAUAGGAAUCCGGCUCUCUUUCCUUACGUGUUGAAUUUCUACAACACAGGGAGGCUCCACGUCAUGGCAGAACUGUGUAUAUUCUCCUUCAGUCAGGAGAUAGAGUACUGGGGCAUCAAUGAAUUCUUCAUCGACUCAUGUUGCAGCAACGCCUACCACUGCCGGAAGAUGGAUCCUGACCGCGGGGAGGACUGGGACGACUGCCGGAGUGAGGAGGGCAGCACCACGUCAUCGUUAGAUGAGAUCCUAGAGUUCUAUAAUGACGCCGCUAAGUUCGACAAGCAGCCACUGGGGAUCGUCCGCAGGCGGAUCUGGCUAAUGCUAGAUAACCCGGGGUACUCCAUCGCCAGCCGCAUCAUCAGUAUCCUCUCUAUCCUGGUAGUGUUGGGUUCUAUAGCCACCAUGUGCGUCAACAGUAUGGCUGAGUUUACCCUGGUGGACAGGGAGGGGACGCCCCACGAGGACCCCAGGUUUGAGACGGUGGAACACUUUGGUAUCGGCUGGUUCACCUUGGAGCUGGCGGCCCGGUUCACAGUGGCCCCAGAUCUUCUCCCCUUCUUCAAGCAUCCGUUGAACUUAAUAGACCUUGUGUCGAUAUUACCGUUCUACCUGACGCUUCUCAUUGACCUGGUGGCAGAGAGCAGCCCGGCGUUAGCCAAUCUGGGGCGCGUGGCGCAGGUGCUGCGGCUGAUGAGGAUCUUCCGUAUCCUGAAGCUGGCGCGUCACUCCACGGGGCUGCGCUCUCUGGGCGCCACGCUGAGAAACAGCUCUAAGGAGGUGGGGCUUCUGCUACUCUACCUGGCGGUGGGCGUGUCCUUCUUCUCUGUGAUGGCCUACACCGUGGAGAAGGAGGACAGCGAGGACUUCUCAACCAUCCCAGCAUGCUGGUGGUGGGCCACGGUGAGCAUGACCACAGUGGGGUACGGAGACGUGGUCCCGGUGUCUGUAGCCGGCAAGAUGACGGCCUCAGCCUGUAUCCUCGCAGGCAUCCUGGUGGUUGUGCUUCCCAUCACGCUCAUAUUCAAUAAGUUCUCCCUCUUCUACAAGAGACAGAAACAGUUAGAGAUCGCUAUGCGCAGCUGUGACUUCGACCAGGAGAUCAAAGAAAACCUGCCCUCUGUCAAUCUGAGGAACUAUUAUGCGCACAAGGUGAAAUCUCUCAUGGCGAGUCUGUCAAAUAUCAACCGGAGCUUGCCCAGUGAACACAGUCUGAAUGAGAUGUCAAUACAUUAAGAUCUGUGAAUCAACAGACUGCCCCCCCCUGGCCUCAUAAGGAACGUUGUGACCAAAACAAGAGGAGAAACAUUGUGAAAGUAGUAGUGUGUUUUCUGUGUAGCCUGUUGAAUAGAGCUACAUGGGAAGCUAUCCAAUGUCGUGGUGCUGAAGUUCAGUUUGACUGACAGGCGAUGCGUGGGCGUGCCAACCACCAUCACAACCUUUCUAUUGGGAGAAUCUCAAUUGCAUUUCCUUGCUUCCUCACGUCCUCUCUCUCCUCACCUUCUUCUCAAAACCUAUU